GUCAAGGCGUGGUCGUGGUCCGCACCUCGCCGAUCCGUUACCGCGGUCGCCAAAUCCGGUGCGCCGCUCCGCGUAUAUAAGACCGCGGCACGCCCAGGCAGCUGCACUUCUCCUGUGACGUCCCAGCACCACACAGCCGCGAUGUACUCUACUCUGGUGGUGGUGAGCGCGCUGCUGGCGGUGGCCUCCGCCGGGCUGCUGGCGUCCCCCCUCGCCGGCGCUCCGCUGCUGCCCAAGGUGCAGGUGGCGCCCGCGCAGGUCAGCGUGGUCAAGCAGCCCAUCACGGUGCAGCAGCCGGAGCUGCGCUACCGCGAGGUGCCCGUCCCCGUGCGCGCCGUCGCCUACGCCGCCCCCGCCGUCAGCUACGCCGCCCCCGCCGUCGCCUACGCCGCCCCCGCUGUUAGCUACGCCGCCCCCGCCGUCGCCUACGCCACCCACGCCGUCGCCCCAGCCAUCUCCUACGCCGCGGCUGCACCCAUCGUCAAGGUCCACUGAGACGAGAUAUAGCGCGCUGUGUAUGUUUCUUCCUACGAUGCACUGCAUUCAAUAAAAGCCUUUUUUUUUU